AUGCCCGGAAGACGUAUCAUACCGGGCCUGAACAAAUGUGGCAAAGACCCUAAGCCGCUUACUCCCCUGCAACAACAGCAUCUCAGGCUGCAACGGAAAGACAAAGCCCAUGCCGCAGCAUCAAACAGGCGACUACUGGCACAAUUAAACCAACAGAAUGACGCCCGACCUCCUGAUGAGGAUGUCCCCGCUCCGGAAGAAGAAAAUCAUAUUGCAUACCCACCUGACCUUGCAGAGGAUGAUGCAGCGGAGGAUGAUGUCAAUAAUCCUGACUUUGAUAUGAAUCAAUUCAUGCCACGCCAUGACCUAGCUGACGCUUUAGAAGAAGAUCCAGAUGAUCCAGUGAUGAUAGAGCUUAAACGACAGCUUCGUCUUGAUGAUCGUUUGAAACAUGAGGAACGUUGGGCAUGGCAGUACGCCAUCAUGCUGCCCACUUUUCUCCGAAAUCGAUUGGAGACCUCAAACUGGGGUCUCGAGGCAAGAUGGGAUGAAGAUUUCAGGCCACCUUGCAACUGUGCAUGUAAAACUGAGCGAAAUGUGGAUAUGGUUGAUUUGUUGAGUAAGAAAUUUGUACAUUAA